AUGGACCAUAGGAGUCCAUUAGAAAAUUACACCAGCGUGAAUGAGUUCAUUCUCCUUGGACUGACAGAUCGACCAGAGCUGCAGCUUCCACUCUUUGUAAUCUUCCUAUGGAUCUAUGCUAUCAGCUUGGUGGGAAAUCUGGGGAUGAUGGUCUUAAUUGGAAUUGACUCUCGACUACACACCCCCAUGUAUUUCUUCCUCUGCCACUUGUCUUUUGUUGACUUUUGUUACUCCACUGCCAUCACCCCUAAGAUGCUGGUGAACUUUUUAGCUGAUGUUAAUGUUAUCUCAUUCACUGAAUGUGCUGUGCAAUUCUACUUCUUUGGUUCUUUUGCAGGCAUUGAGGGGUUCCUUUUGGCAGCAAUGGCAUAUGACAGGUACAAUGCCAUUUGUAAUCCACUUCUCUACAAAGCUAUCAUGUCUUGGAAAGUCUGUGCCUACUUAGUAGCUGUCUCCUUUCUAGCAGGAUUCAUUAAUGCAGCAAUACAUACCUAUUUUACAUUUCAGCUACAAUUCUGUGACUCCAACAUCAUCAACCAUUUCUUCUGUGACACUCCCCCUCUCCUAGCACUCUCUUGCUCUGACAUACAGAUCAAUCUGAUCAUCAUUUUUGUUUUCGCCAGUUUCAAUGAAUUAAGCUGCCUCCUUACAAUUCUAGUCUCCUAUGCCUACAUCCUCUCUGCAAUUUUACGAAUCAGCUCUUUUAAAGGGAGACAUAAAGCCUUCUCCACCUGUGCUUCCCAUUUACUGGCUGUCACCAUAUUCUUUGGAACUAUCUUGUUUAUGUAUUUGAGACCCAGCUCCAGCCAUUCUAUGGAUCAGGACAAAAUAGUGUCUGUCUUCUACACUGUAGUGAUCCCUAUGCUGAACCCCCUUAUCUAUAGUUUAAGGAACGGGGAAGUAAAGGAUGCUGUGAAGAAAGUAGUGUCCAGGAAAAUCUUUUAA